AUGGUGCACAACAUUUGGGCGGUCCCGCUCCAGCUCUCUAAUUUCAACAUCAUCGUCUCCCUAUUGGGCGGCUUCAUCUCCCUAUUUGGCCUCAUAUCGUACCUUUUAAAGGAAAAUUACUAUGUCUCUGAAGCACUCAUCUCACUCUUGGUGGGCGUCGCCUUUGGACCCAAUGGAGCCAAUUUUAUUCGGCCCCGAGACUACGCUGAGUGUAACCACGAGGGCGUCUCCGUCAUCGAAUGCCGCGAUAAUCUCAAUGCCAUUACGCUCAAUUUCUCCCGGCUGGUUCUGGGCGUUCAACUGGUCCUCGCCGGAGUCCAGCUGCCCAGCAAGUACCUAAAGAAGGAAUGGAAGUCGGUCCUGCUGCUUGUCGGCCCGGGUAUGACGGCCAUGUGGAUCACCACGAGCCUACUCAUCUGGGCAAUUGCCAGGACGCCCAGUUUCCUGCACGCCCUAGCCGUCGGCGCAUGCGUAACGCCCACGGACCCUGUGCUCUCCGCAGUCAUUGUGAAGGGCAAGUUUGCGGACCACAACAUCCCCAAAGACCUGCAAAACCUCAUAAUUGCGGAGUCGGGAACCAAUGACGGACUCGGCUAUCCAUUUCUCUUCUUUGCGCUCUACCUCGUCAAAUAUGUAGGCUCAGGUGCUGCGUCCGGCAGCGCCGGAGAUGCCAUGGGCCUCUGGUUCGGCUUCACCUGGGGAUACACGAUCAUUCUCAGCAUUCUGUAUGGCGCCGUGGUAGGCUGGGUUGGCAAGAAGCUGCUGCACUGGGCAGAGGAGCGUAACUACGUCGAUCGCGAGAGCUUCCUCGUCUUCGCCAUUGCUCUCGCCCUUUUCGUUCUGGGCACGUGCGGUCUCAUUGGCACCGACGACGUCCUCGCCUGCUUUAUUGCGGGUAACACGUUUACCUGGGACGACUGGUUCCGGUUGGAGACCAAGGACGACUCCCUGCAGCCGACAAUCGAUAUGCUCCUCAACGUCACCAUCUUCCUGUGGUACGGCGCGUAUAUACCCUGGAGCCACUUUGGUCAUAAUUCCGUAAUCUCGACUUGGCGUCUCGUCGUCCUUGGUAUCCUAGUGCUUCUCCUGCGACGUCUGCCUUGGGUGUUUGGCAUGCACAAAUGGAUCCCCCAGAUUGAAGAGGUCAGACAAGCUGUCUUCGUGGGCUUCUUUGGGCCUAUUGGCGUCUCUGCUAUCUUCUACCUAUUUGUGAGCAUGGAGUUCAUCGAGGAACAUUUGAGUGACGAGGACGGUGUUCCUCGAAGCGACGUCAAGGAUCUUGCCGAAACAAUUCGGGUUGUCGUCUGGUUCCUCGCGGUCUGUAGUAUUGUCGUUCAUGGGCUCAGCAUCCCACUUGGAAAGAUGGGGUACAUGGCACCUCGGACGUUCGGCCGGGUGCUGAGCGACGAGCCACGCGCGGUGGAAAUUCGGCGCAGAAUCCCAGUGCUAGGCAAAUUUCUCGUCGGAAAGCCUAGCGACAUCGAAUCCAGGUGUAUCCAGCGUACUGCCAUCAUGCCGGACCCGUCAGACCCUCACCACCCUCGCUCGGAGGCAGGUACGUCGUCGGUCAAUCAGUUGGCGGCGGCUGCCCCAUCGAGUGCUGCGAGCCAACAUGAGAUCAAAUCGGAGACGAUCACUCCAGCGCCGUGCCCCCGGAAGCGGGAGGUUCAGUUUCCCGACGAAAUGCAAGCCAGUCGUGACGACUGA